UAGGUAACAAACUCACUCACUCUACUCAGCUGUCACACCCAAGUAGUAACCAUAACAAACAUGGAUACGCAUUAUUUGGGGCUCUUAUUAUAGCCAUAAAUUUAGAUAAGCAUGAGCAGGUAAAGAGGUUUGGUUCAUGGCUGGUAGAUUACCCGGUGUUGGUUUACUUGCACGGAAGAGAGCAGAGAACAAUCACAGACAUGAAAAUCGACACAACUAUUACCUAAAGGAAGAAUCACUCCACCCACCUUCGCUUCCUCUCACUGUCUUAGAUCAAACUGCUCUCAAGGCCAGGCAGAGGCUUCACCACAAACUUGGACACUUUUUUUCCUCCUACAGGUCAGGUGAGAAUCCGAGGAAAAAAGGGGGGAAAGUGAGGGAAAGCAGUAACCAGAAGAAGGAGGGAGGAUUGGGUCGGAAGUUAUUAGAGAAUUCAUGGUUAUUGCGUGGGAACAAGGUUAAGGAAGAGAGAAAAGUGUGUGCUGUUUGCCUUGAAGAGUUGGGGGAAGAGCAACAACAUGUUAUGAACCUUUCGUGCUCCCACAAGUAUCAUUCUGCAUGUCUUCUUCCAUGGCUUGCAGCUCAUCCUCACUGUCCUUAUUGUCGAACUCCAGUACAACUCUGAUUUCAUAUAAUACACCUUCGUUUAAGUGCUCACCACUUCAUUUCAGUAACUUUAUUACUUUCAUUCUGCACAUGUUGGCUUAUGUGUUCCAGAAUUAGUACAUGCUCUAAUUUUUACUGUCCCAAAUAACUAA